CUGGCUCGCUUCCUCCCCGUCCUCCCCCCCCCGCCCCACAACACACACGCUCCUCCCCGUCCUCCAACCAACAUGUGGGGAGCGAGCCCGGGGUGGGCGGCGGAUGCGCCUUCUAGAGCUUUUGAUGAUAAGGGAUCGUUCCUUUUUUGAACUAUGGUCUUUAGCUGUUGCCAUGAAGAGGUUUCUAAAAAAAUAAGGCAGAACAAUAGCCCUAGGGAAGUGCUUCAAAGAACAUCUGAAGAAUUCUUUCGAAAGAUGGAAAGUUCAGUUGAAGAGAUGGAUACCUCUGAUACCCAGUGGGGCUGGUUUUAUUUGGCUGAGUGUGGUAAAUGGCAUAUGUUUCAGACUGAUUCAAACAGUCAUUGCUCAGUUAGCAGUGAAGAUAUUGAAAGGAGCUUCAGAACAAAUCCACAUGGUUCUCUUUCUUUUACUACUGCAAAAUUUAACUACGUGCUAGAUUUUUCAGUGAUGAAACAAACCAACCUAACUACCCUUAAACAACGUCCAAUAAAGCGAGCUCCCUUUUCUAUCAGUGCUUUCAGCGUCAUUUGUGACAAUGAAGCUAUCCCUGUUCCUUCACACUGGGAGAAUGUAAAUCCUGAGGAGCCAUAUCAGCUUAUUCCUUUGCAAAAGAAAACAAAUGAAUAUAUUGAAGUUUCUGGUCUCUUUGGAAAAACAAUGGAUAGCCACCGAAUUAAAAGAAUUAAGAGAAUACAAAAUAUAGACUUGUGGGAGUUUUUUUGCAGGAAAAAAGCUCAACUGAAGAAGAAAAGAGGUGUCCCAACUAUUAACGAGCAGAUGUUAUUUCAUGGCACCAGUAAUGAAUUUGUAGAAGCAAUAUGUAUUCAUAAUUUUGACUGGAGAAUAAAUGGGAUACAUGCUGCUGUGUAUGGAAAAGGGACCUAUUUUGCAAGAGAUGCAUCGUAUUCCAGUCGUUUCUGCAAAGAGGACAUGAAUCAUGGAAAUACCUUUCAAAUUCAUGGUGUGAAUCUGCAGCCUCAUCCACAUAGACCAGAUAAAGUCAUGUUUCUUGCUCGCGUAUUGACUGGUGACUAUAUUAAUGGUGAUUCAAAAUACAUGAGACCUCCUUCAAAAGAUGGAAGUUUUGUGAACUUGUAUGACAGCUGUGUGGAUAAUACCUGGAACCCAAAGAUCUUUGUUAUCUUUGAUGCCAACCAAAUCUACCCUGAGUACUUAAUAGAAUUUUGUUAAGUUCGAAAGGAGCUGAACUGAAUAUUUGUUUGUCUUCUUGAUACUUUUGUUCCUUUUUCAAAGAUGACAAUAUAAAAACAUGAAGUGUAAAAGGAGGGAGGUGAAAGAAAAGCUAGCAUAUGUUUAUGGAGGAGGGAAGCUAUCGAAAGUUUGAGAGAUUGUCCAGCUGUUAAGAUCUGUGAAACAAACUUUACUAAUGCCUUUUUCAGAUGUAGCAACUACUACAAAUCUGAAAGUGCUUAGUGAGCCUUAGAUACAUUGUGCAUUGGUAAGUUUUCAAAGACAAGAUUUAUGUAUAAAAAUAUAUUACAAGUAUUUAUUCAUGUGGUAGAAAUAUGUUUCCUAUACAGUAUGUAUAUGAUGAAACUAACCUUUUAUAAAGAUUGUCUGUAGAACUUAAAGCUAAACUCAGGUGACUUUUCCUAUGUGUAUGUAUGUCUGUGUUCUGUAGUACACAUUGCUUUGCAUUUGGAGGUCUCUUGGUUUGAAUUCUAAACCUGCGAAAGAAAUCCAUCUGGAGACAACAGAUAAAGGACCUACAGUUCACCAAAGCUGCUAUGUUUGACUUGAAGGUAAGCUUCAACUAUAUACUUGCUGGAUUAUAGAAUUGCACUACAAUUUCAACUUUUAGUUUUAGGUUGGAUAUUAGGAAAAAUUUCUUCACUGUAAGGGUUUUGAAGCAUUGGAACAGUCUGCCCAGGGAAGUAGCUGAGUCAUCAACCCUGGAGGUAUUUAGAAGAUGUGUAGGUGUGGUGCUAAGAGACAUGGUUUAGUGGUAGGCUUUGCAGUGGUAGGUUAAUUGUUGGACUUGAUCUCAGAGGUCUCUUCCAGCCUAAAUGAUUCUAUGAUCUCUGAUCACAGUUGAAAUCUCU